AUGGGCCGCUGGGGAUACCGCCUUUUCGAGGGCGAACAGGACUUCGACAUCGCCAAAGAUCUUGGUCGAACCUUCAGUGCGAGACCGAUGCAGCUGAGCGAGAUGGUCCGCCGCACAGAGAUUUUGGUGUCUCGGCAGGCUUUUCAAUACUACAAGUCCAACCAAUACAAAGCCGAGCUCAGCCAAACCGUCACCACGGUCCGCAAUCAACUUGACACAGGUCUAGGAGACCGUUUCUUCGAAAAACAUCGCGCAAGAGAGAGCAGCCAUGACGACAAGUACCGCGUUAUCCUCGCAGGCGCGCUGAUGAUGCGCGCUGGAGCCAGGAUCAACCCCGAGCAUAUUCAGCAUAUUCGGGAACUAGUGCCACAGAUAAAGUGCACCUACGCAUUCACUCUGCCCGUAUUUGACACGGGAUUCCGUGAGCCUGGCAGGGCUCAACUGCUCGCCGCCUUGGACAACUACGUUGCGGGCACCCCGCGAAGCUUCCAGGAACCAAGCUGCUUUAACUGUGGCAAAAUUCAAGCUGAUCUAGGAUUCGCUCCCAAGAGAUGUGGUCGCUGUCGGCGUGUAUGGUAUUGCUCUGAGGCUUGCCAACGAGCACAGUGGUUCAUCCACAAGAAGCAAUGCUUGCCUCCCAGUGAACUCAGAAUGCUCAACGUGUAA